AAAAAAAUACUACUUAUCGCCCACCCCUAACGUGCACUGAUGAAUCGUGCAGAAUAAGUCCAGAUACAUGUAUUAAGAAAGUAAAUAAGGUCUAAUUUAACCUCAUGAUGUGUUUAAAGAGUAAAGACAAUGAUGGUAUGUCAUUCUGUCGUUUGAUUCAUUAUAUUGCUGUGACUCACAGCGUGGUAAAGGCUCCGUAAUCAUAUGACCACUCCCCUAUAAUGAAGCUGUUGUUUCCUGAGACGACUCAAAUGUAACGUCAUGCUCCCUAGGGAGAAAACACAGAGUGAUGCUUCAGAGACACUGAAUAACUCUGUUUUGUUGCUUUCUACUGGAUAAGACAAGAUAAACUGCGAAAUCAUCUUUGAUCUUUGACCAUGCUGACCUAUGGCCAUUCGGAAAGGGUGGUCCUAUGAGCUGAAUGGGGAAGCAUCUGUAUUCUUCAUGAGAGUUUGGGUCUCCAGGAUGGGACGUGGGGGGGGUAGCCGCUUCCUGUAAGGCUACAGCAUUGUUUGGGGCUGCUUCAGCUUGCAAACACAUUUGAGAAUGCAAUGUUAUCAAAAGAGGCUUGGAAAUGUCUCGUUUUUGACAUGCUUUUGAGGCAUUAUUUGUAUCAUCGAGGGAUUGGACCACAUUUUGGGUGGUGUCGGUCAUGAUGCUGUAAGGAAUAUUUACCAAAACCGUCAGCAGAUGUAGUGCGGAGGUUUUGAAGCAUUUACAAGGAGGUAUUGAAGAGGACUCCAACGAUUCGCAAGGACCGAUUGAUUUUUUGGAGAGAAUUAAAGAAAUUAGUCUAGACCCCGGCAGUUUCUCUAAUGAUAAGAUGAGGUCAAAGGCCUCGCUGCAGAGCUCCGGUUCAGGUCACUCAGCUGACAGCAGCCCCAGUCCCAGUCCCAUGAGCUCCUUCCCCAGGAGAGGAGUAGCCAAUGGGGGCAGAGAUAGCACUGGAUACCUAGAAGAGCUGGAGAAAGAACGGUCUUUGUUGAUGGCAGAGCUUGAGAAGGAAGAAAAGGAAAAAGACUGGUAUUACGCCCAGUUACAAAAUCUCACCAAACGGAUUGACAGUCUACCGCUCACCGAGAAUUUUUCUUUGCAGACUGAUAUGACUCGCAGGCAACUGGAGUACGAGGCCCGACAGAUCAGAGCGGCGAUGGAGGAACAACUAGGCACUUGUCAGGACAUGGAGAAACGGGCACAGGUGCGUGUAGCACGGAUACAGCAGAUAGAAAAAGACAUGCUGAGGAUCCGGACACGUUUGCAAACCCAUUCAGCUGACUCAGAGGUCAAGCAUGAACCGGUGACCCAAACCGAAGGUGCAAAUGCGUCCGGGGAUGCUGGCGGCGGUAGUGCAGCUUGCCCGCAGAGCUCAAGUUCUCGAGUCGAUCACGACACAGUCAGUGAGAUGAGCAGUACUGGAAGUUACUCUGUCCCACGACGAUUGACAAGUCAUCUUGGCACUAAGGUUGAAAUGGUGUACUCUCUGCUGUCCAUGCUGGGGACUCAUGAUAAAGACGACAUGUCUCGGACGCUCCUGGCCAUGUCGAGUUCCCAGGACAGCUGCAUUGCCAUGCGUCAGUCCGGGUGCCUGCCGCUGCUCAUCCAGCUUCUACAUGGCAAUGACAAGGACUCUGUGUUGCUUGGAAAUUCUCGGGGCAGCAAAGAGGCCCGGGCGAGGGCUAGCGCCGCCCUGCAUAACAUUAUCCAUUCACAGCCCGAUGACAAGCGCGGCCGACGGGAGAUCCGGGUGCUCCACCUACUGGAGCAGAUCAGGGCAUACUGCGAGACCUGCUGGGAGUGGCAAGAGAGUCAUGAGCGUGGCGUAGACCAGGACAAGAACCCAAUGCCUUCUCCUGUCGAGCAUCAGAUUUGUCCAGCAGUUUGUGUUCUCAUGAAGCUGUCCUUUGAUGAAGAACACAGGCAUGCGAUGAAUGAGCUUGGUGGUCUUCAGGCGAUUGGAGAGCUGCUGCAAGUAGACUGUGAGAUUUACGGUCUUACGAAUGAUCACUACAGUGUCACACUCAGAAGAUAUGCUGGGAUGGGUCUCACUAAUCUUACCUUUGGGGAUGUAGCAAACAAGGCUACGCUUUGUUCCAUGAAAGGUUGCAUGAGGGCCAUGGUGGCUCAACUGAAGUCAGAAAGUGAGGACUUACAGCAGGUACAACUGUUAGGAAAUGCUUGCCAGGGUAGCACAUUAAAUAUUUCACGCACUGAGAUAUACCGCCUACUUCUUCAGGUAAUUGCGAGUGUUUUGAGGAAUCUGUCAUGGCGAGCUGAUGUCAACAGUAAGAAGAUCUUGCGAGAAGUCGGUAGUGUUAGGGCCCUGAUGGAGUGUGCCUUAGAAGUUCAAAAGGAAUCCACAUUAAAAAGUGUCCUGAGUGCCCUUUGGAACCUAUCAGCUCAUUGCACUGAAAACAAAGCUGAUAUCUGUACCGUUCCAGGAGCUUUGGCCUUUUUAGUGAGCACUCUAACAUACAGAAGCCAAACCAACACCCUUGCCAUAAUAGAAAGUGGUGGUGGUAUCCUGAGAAACGUGUCAAGCCUUAUCGCCACAAAUGAAGAGCACAGGCAAAUAUUGAGGGAAAACAGCUGUCUGCAGACUCUUCUUCAGCACCUUAAAUCACACAGUCUGACAAUAGUGAGCAACUCCUGUGGAACACUGUGGAAUCUCUCUGCCCGCAAUGCAAAAGAUCAGGAGGCAUUAUGGGACAUGGGUGCAGUUAGCAUGCUGAAGAACCUCAUUCACUCCAAACACAAGAUGAUAGCUAUGGGAAGUGCAGCUGCUUUGAGAAACCUCAUGGCCAAUCGGCCUGUGAAAUAUAAGGAUGCUAACAUAAUGUCUCCUGGAUCAAGUUUGCCUUCCCUCCAUGUAAGAAAACAGAAAGCACUAAUUGAAGAACUUGAUGCACAGCACCUCUCUGAAACCUUUGAUAAUAUUGACAAUUUGAGCCCAAAGGCCUCUCACAGGGCCAAGCCAAGACACAAGCAUAAUGUCUAUGGUGACUAUGAUGGUGUCUGUAGGUCAGACGGUUAUAGCCCUAACGGAGUCAGUGUUCGCUCACCUUAUAUGAACACCCCAGUCCUCUCAAGUCCAUCCUCUCGAGACAAUAGAGGAAAUGCAGAAAAUGUCCGAGCCGAGAGGGACAGAAGUCUAGAUCGGGAGCGAAGGGGGUUCCAUCCAGAUCCUGAGCCUGCCAAGCGAAUGCUACAGAUACCUACAACUGCAGCUCAAAUUGCAGUUGUUAUGGAGGAAGUGCAGAGCAUGCACUUAAGUAUGGACGAUAGAACUGCAGGAUCCAUGCCAGACCCUCACGCAGUGCAAGAUGACAUGAUCAGACGUCAGACUGCUGUGCAUAGCCACCAAAACAUUUAUAGCUACAGCAAAACUGACCCAUCAGGAAGACCGUGUCCAGUGCCCAAACUGGAGUACAGAGCAUCUAAUGACAGUCUGAAUAGUGUCAACAGCACUGAUGGCUAUGGUAAAAGGGGUCAAAUGAAGCCAUCAGCAGACUUGUACUCGGAAGAUGAUGAAGGCAAAUGCUGCAUCUACAGAAAAUAUCCAGCAGAUCUUGCCCAUAAAAUACACAAUGCAAAUCACAUGGAAGAUGAUGAUGGAGAUGUGGACACACCUAUCAACUACAGUUUGAAGUAUUCAGAUGAACAACUCAACUCUGGUCGACAAAGCCCAAGCCAGAAUGAAAGGUGGGCAAGGCCCAAGCUCCUUGAUGAUGAAAUGAAACGGCCUGAUCAGAAACCACCAAGAUCCCAAAGCCCCGGGUACCCCAUGUACACUGAAGGCAGUAGUGAUGGAGAAGACAAACUCAAAAAGUACCAGCCCAGGUUUGUGCAACAGGACAUGCCUGGAUUUAGAUCCAGGGGCUCCAGUGAACAAAUUAACAGUAGCUCCAGCCAUGGACUUAACAAAAAGAUGUCUCAAAACCUCUGCGCAGUUGAUGAUUAUACAGAUGACAAACCAACAAACUACAGUGAGCGCUAUUCAGAGGAAGAACAGCUCAAUGAACAAACUUCAAAUUACAGCAUUAAAUACAAUGAGGAUCACCAUGUAGAACAGCCAAUUGAUUACAGUUUGAAAUAUUCUGAUGCUUCCUCCAAGAAGGCCAUGUUUAGUCAUUCAAAGCCAUCUUCUACCCAGAGCUCUGUCAAAGACCAUUUAAGCCAACAUAGUUCCUCCACUGUGGCAUCCAUAAAGAAUCAGGGUAGGCAAAAACAGCUUCACCUAUCUACUGCACAAAGCAGAUCAGUACCAUCUAGAGCAGUUCAGAAGAACCCAACCUGCAAGGCUCCUACAAUAAAUCAAGAAACAUUACAGACAUAUUGUGUGGAGGACACUCCCAUAUGUUUCUCACGUGGUAGCUCUUUAUCAUCAUUGUCCUCAGAAGAAGAUGAAAUGGAAAUCUGCAAGCGUAAUGUCUCAGCCACUAACUACCCAGCUCUGCCUAUAUCAGAAAAGGAAUCCCAUAGUAGCAUUGUGCCAGACCAACACACUGCUGAGAGCCAGUCAUCUGUGAAUUAUGGCCGCAUGAAACCCCCAAGACAUCAGGGACACUUAGGACAUGGAGAUGGCCCCAGGCAUCACAAAACAGUGGAAUUUUCAUCAGGUUCUAAAUCGCCAUCCAAAAGUGGUGCCCAAACACCCAAAAGUCCCCCUGAACAUUAUGUACAAGAGACUCCUCUCAUGUUCAGCAGAUGUACAUCUGUCAGCUCCCUUGACAGUUUUGAGAGCCAUUCCAUUGCAAGUUCUGUGCAAAGUGAGCCAUGCAGUGGGAUGGUCAGUGGAAUUAUCAGCCCAAGUGAUCUGCCUGAUAGCCCUGGACAAACGAUGCCUCCAAGCCGUAGCAAGACACCACCACCUCCACCACCACGAUCCUCAUCUGUAAAACAAAAAUCUACAGUGCCACCCCACUCUGAAAAACAGGAUUUGGCUCCUAGGCAUACAGUUGUUAACGCUGCUGUACAGAAAGUGCAGGUUCUGCCAGAUAAUGAUACUCUUUUACAUUUUGCCACAGAAAGCACUCCAGAUGGCUUCUCUUGUGCUUCAAGCCUUAGUGCAUUAAGUUUAGAUGAACCUUUUAUUCCAAAAGAUGUUGAGCUAAAGAUAAUGCCUCCAGUUCAUGAAGAUGACCAUAGUAAUGAGGUUGAGCUUGAGAACGAAGAUAUUGAAGAGCCAAAAGUUCAGGAGAAACCACCAUCAACAUCUGAAGCUGGGAAGGACAUGUUAGAUGACUCAGAUGACGAUGAUGACAUAGGGAUUCUAGAGGCUUGCAUUAAUUCAGCAAUGCCAACAAAAUCAUCACGAAAACCCAAAAAGCAAUCACCCACAACCACUUCAGGAAUACCCCCACCUGUGGUUCGUAAACCAAGUCAGCUCCCCGUUUAUAAAUUGUUGCCUCCACAAAGUAGAGGACAACAGCAGAAACAUGUAACCAUAGCUCAUGGUGAGGAAAUGCCACGGGUGUACUGUGUUGAGGGAACGCCCAUUAACUUUUCCACAGCAACAUCUCUCAGUGAUCUAACUAUAGAUUCACCCCCAAAUGAGUUGGCAGGUCUUGAAAGUACAGCUUCCCAUGCCGAAGCAUCUGGUCCAAGACGAGAUAUUCUACCUGAGGGGAGAAGUGCAGAGUCUAAAGAUACUAGUAUAUCGUCUCCCACACAAUCUGCUCUGGCUGAGAAUGAAGGAGAUGAUAUUCUGGCAGAGUGCAUCAAUUCUGCAAUGCCCAAAGGCAAAAUUCACAAGCAAUUCAGAAUGCAGAAGAUGUCUGAUCAGGCUCAGAAUCCAUCUACUGCCCCUGGCAGUUUAGUUCAGCAAGACUUGGAAAGGAAAAAGCCUACUUCUCCUGUAAAACCCAUGCCACAAAGCAGUGAGUACAGAGCAAGAAUGCUCAAACGGUCAGAGGCUCCUUAUUGCAUGCCAGAAGCGGUAUCAUAUCCAGAUAAAAACAAAGAAACCAAAAAGCCAGAGCCCAAAGUAGUCACAAGAGAGUACAGAGAUAAGCCUGCUAAUGCUGUGGAGAGAGCACGUCCCGGGUUUGCCUUUGACUCUCCGCAUCAUUACACACCAAUAGAGGGCACACCUUAUUGUUUCUCUCGCAAUGAUUCACUGAGUUCUCUUGAUUUUGAGGAUGAUGAUCUGGACUUGUCCAAGGAAAAGGCUGAGCUUCGAAAAGAUAAAGAGCAAAGAAAAGUUCCACCUUUGAAAUGCAGUGUAGAUCAGCCAGUAAGCACCAACAGGAUACCAGCAUUUCAGACAGCUCCAACUAAACCUUUUCAUAAACCAGGAAGUUUUCAACAAGCACCUAAAGAAAAUACAGUAGCAGUGUGCGAUGAAAAACAGAAGUUUUCAAUUGAAGACACACCAGUAUGUUUCUCAAGAAACUCAUCACUUAGCUCACUUAGUGACAUUGACCAAGAAAACAACAACAAAGACUGCUCACACAAAGAUGAUGAAACCCAGAUCGAAGUACCGAGGCCACCAGCCUCUGGUUAUGCACCAAAAGCCUUUCAUGUGGAAGACACCCCUGUUUGUUUCUCUAGAAAUAGUUCUCUUAGCUCUCUCAGUAUUGAUUCUGAAGAUGACCUUCUACAAGAAUGCAUCAGUUCUGCAAUGCCAAAGAAAAAGAAACAACCAUUGAGAAAUAGGGCUGAGGAACCAGGAGUUAAGGAAGAAAAAAGCAUGUUGGCUGAUGGCAUUUUAUCAGAAGAACCAGAUCUUAUAUUAGAUCUCACAGACACUCACAGUCCUAUUUCAGAGCAAGCCUUAUCACCAGACUCUGAAUCAUUUGACUGGAAAGCCAUUCAAGAGGGUGCUAAUUCUAUUGUGAGUAGUCUUCAUCAGGCUGCAGCCAGUCUCUCCAGACAAGGUUCCUCUGAUUCAGACUCUAUACUUUCUCUCAAAUCUGGCAUCUCCAUUGGGUCACCUUUCCAUCUUCCAUUAAAUCAAGAUGACAAUAAGCCUGCUGCAAACAAAGGGCCAAGAAUACUAAAACCUGGUGAAAAAAGCACUUUAGAGGCAAAAAAGAAAGAUGAGGAAUCAGCUAAGAGCCUGAAAGGAGGAAAGAAAGUGUAUAAAAGCCUAAUCACAGGAAAACCCCGACCGAGUCUUGAAACCAUGUCCUCUCAGUACAGGCAAGCUCAAGCACCCGUGAUCUCCAGAGGGAGGACAAUGAUUCAUGUUCCUGGUGUGAGAAGCAGCUCUCCUAGCACCAGUCCAGUUCCUAAAAAGCCCCCUCCACGUGGCCAGAUGUCAAAACCACCAUCCCAAGCACCAGGUCCCGGGAACUCUCAGAGAACCAUGAAAGUCCCAGCAAGUUCUGAACCUAGUCCUGCCAGGGACCCACCAUCUGCUCAAGGUGGAUCUAGCAAAGCUUCAUCUCGAUCAGGGUCCAGAGACUCCACACCUUCUAGACCAGUUCAGCAAUCUCUAACAAGGCCCAUGCAGUCUCCUGGUCGUGCCUCCGUCUCACCGGGCAGGAACGGUCUUAGCCCCUCUAACAAAUUAUCUCAACUGCCUCGCACUGCCUCUCCCGGUGCAGCUUCAACGAAGUCAUCGGGAUCUGGCCGCAUGGCUUACACUUCUCCAGGAAGACAACUGGGCCAGCAAAUGCCAACAAAGCAGAGUGGUUUACCAAGAAGUACCAGUGGAAUUCCUAGAAGUGAAUCUGCCUCAAAAAGUCUAAACCAAUGUGGAGGCACAGGCCCUUCAAAAAAGGCAGAAUUGUCCAGAAUGUCAUCCACAAAGUCAAGUGGGAGUGAGUCAGACCGAUCUGAAAAACCUGGACUUGUUCGACAGUCAACAUUUAUCAAAGAAGCCCCUAGUCCAACACUAAAAAGGAAAUUAGAGGAGUCUGCUUCUUUUGAGUCCUUGUCUCCUUCCUCCCCAAGCCAAUCACAGACACCAGUAUCUAGUCCGUCCUUGCCAGAUAUGUCACUUAGUCUGCCCUACCAGGGAAGCGGAUGGAGAAAGUCCCACCACUAUCAAAACACUGCUGAGAACGGUGAUGGUAAGUCACUCAGAAGACAUGACAUCUCCCGAUCCCAUUCAGAAAGCCCAUCCAGGCUCCCAAUCAACAGGACAGGGACAUGGAAGAGGGAGCACAGCAAACAUUCAACCUCUCUCCCAAGAGUUGGCACUUGGAAAAGAACAGGUAGCAGCUCUUCCAUACUCUCUGCCUCUUCUGAGUCCAGUGAAAAGGGGAGAAGUGAGGAUGAGCGGCAGCCCACUAAUCCACCUCAGAAAUUGGGCAAAGAAGGGGGCCUGGAACGGAAAGGAACAUGGAGAAAAACGAAGGAGAGUGAAAAUGCACCUUCUAUGAAAUUAGACUUAACAGAUCUAACUGGUGAUGCUGCUCAUUUAAUGGGUGCUUCUAAGAUGGAAGAUGUCUGGGUGAGAAUUGAAGAUUGUCCCAUAAACAAUCCAAGGUCUAGUAAAUCACCCACAGGAAACACACCUCCUGUUAUUGACAGUCAGUCAACCAAAGGGCUACCUUGUGACAGGGACUCGAGUGAAUCACAAUUAAAACAGCCACUAGCAAAUGAGAAUGCACCUCUGUGCCAUCUGGGUUCAGAAACUAAUCUGAAUUUGCUCAGGAGUAGCGAGUCUCUUGAUAAAAAAGUCACUGACAUCAAACCUACACCAAGUAAUCCAAACACUGGCACAGAGAUCCAUGAAUUCCCUGUUGCUGAACGCACUCCAUUUAGCUCUUGUAAUUCAAGCAAACAUAGCUCCCCUAGUGGUGCCGUGGCCGCUAGGGUAAGUCCUUUCAAUUAUACGCCAAGCCCCAGAAAGAGUAGUUCUGACAGCACAACACCUAGACCAUCUCAAAUCCCAACACCUGUUACUAGCAACGUAAAAAUGAGAGACACUAAAGGAGACACGACUGAAAGUGGAUCCUACAUUGUCACCUCUGUGUAAGGCUUUCUGGUCUGGUGUAUGAUGGCAGCCAAAAAACACUUAAUGCAGACUCUUUCUUUGUGCUUUCGUAGAAACAACGGGCUCUGUCGUGGAACUUAUUGUAGUUGCACCUUGUGCUAGGCAACAUUCUUGCUGGUUGAUUGCAGUUAUAUCAUUGCAGCAAAUGUUCAAAUCAAGAGAGGAAACAACAGGGAGGUGUAAUUUAUGGAAAAUUGACAAUUUGUACUGUAUAGAUUUGAUUGUGUAUAUAUUUAAUUUAACCGCACAUCAGGAUCCAAUAUCUUGCUUGACGUUACAAGAUAACAGUUAAAGGUGGAACAUUUCAGAUGUUGUUAAACUUCUGGUGGACUUCAAUACUAAUGCAUUUGAUUUUUUUUUUUUUUUUUUUUUUUUUUUAAACAAAAAACUGUAAACCUCUAUUAAU